AUGCCGCCACCUCCACCACCCCCUCCUCCGCCCCCAAUGCCGCCGGCCAUGUCUGGGGGCCCACCUCCACCUCCCCCACCACCGCCCGGAGGUUUGCCCAGUAGACCACCUACCGCCGCUCCAGGCAGAGGUGCUCUACUAGGUGAUAUCGCAAAAGGCGCCAAACUCAAAAAGGUCACGCAGAUCAACGAUCGUUCUGCUCCCAUUGUAGGAAAUGAGAAGAAGUCGUCGGUCCCCGUUGCUAUGGGUGCUCCCCCAGUACCGGGAAUGAUGAAGGCUCCGGGAGGUGCUGCUCCUCCACCCCCACCUGGCGCGAACAGAGAUCGGGCCUCGAGCGACGUGGGAGCUGCACCACCUCAACUAGGAGGCCUUUUCGCUGGCGGUAUGCCCAAGUUGCGCAAGUCGGGCGGUGUCAAGACUGGCGCCGAUGAGGAUUCGUCAUAUCUGGGAGCUUCAGCUGCUCCGUCUCGCCCUGUGUCUUCGGCUCCCAGACCUCCAGGCGCGCCUCCUCGCCCUAUCAGUUCUGCCCCGCCGGUCCCGCCAUCUGCUCCUCCGUUGGCACCGCCCCCCAAUCCUGCCGUAUCGGCCCUCAGAAACAGCAUGCGACCCACACCACACACUAGCAGUUCCUCGCCUGCUGUUCCCUCAAAACCCAAACCUCCACCGAUUGGCAAGAAACCACCCAUGCCACCUCCGUCUUCGCGCAAACCCUCGGGCAAUAUCCCACCGCCUCCGCCAUCUGCCUCGCCAGCUCCGCCAGCGGCUCCUCCAUUGCCUCCUUCCUCUGUGUCUCGACCACCGCCUCCUCCCCCAUCGAUGAGCGCGCCACCACCACCUAUGAGCAAUGCUCCAUCCUUGGCUGAAACAGCUGCUCGCAACGCCUUUGGUCGAGCCUCGCCUGCAGCCCCGCCACCACCACCUCCUCCGCCACCGCCAGCAAUGUUUAAUGCUACCCCGCCGAGAUCACCUGCACCUCCGCCGCCGCCUGCAGCCGCACCCUCGCCACCCAGACCGCCAAUUGCGGCACCCAGUCCUCCUCUAGCGGCACCCUCACCACCUCCUUCGGCUGCCCCUACACGGCCUCACGCAGGUUCUAUUUCGCGGUCGACAAUGGAUGCCUCAUCCUACACAUUGAACGGAGGAUCCCUAAAGUCGCCCAGUUUGUCGCAUCAGGGCCAAAGCGGAAGCAGGAUGGGUGGGGGUCGCACGAUGAUCGAGGACACAAGGUUCAAGUUCCAACCUGACGAGACACUUCCCAAGCCGCGAGAAUUUUCUGGGGUCACCAAAAUGUACCGAGCAGGUAGAGGCAGUACGGUGCCAUUAGAUCUUUCGGCUUUCGAGUAG